UACUAUCUCGAGAAAUAACAUUUCUUAGCUAGGUAAAAGUAGCAAGCUAGCCAACAGAUGUAGUCAAAUUACUCAUGUGAAGUUUAAUCUAUGCUAAAAGUGGGGCACAUAAUUACCGUGACCAGCCACAACAUUGACAGCACAUUUAUUGCAGCUAAAUGUUCGGCCUAAAGUUAUUGGAUUUAGUUUGUAAAGAAAGUACUUAUCACGAAACUGUUCCUGUUUCUUCCAGGGUUUAGCUAGCUUUAUUCAUACUGCUGAGGAGUCAGGAGUUCAACCAUCUUUGCUGUUGUAGUGGUAGCUAAACCUGUCUGGAGAGCUACAGAGUGUGCACAGAGCAAACUAAAACUAUACUGCACUGACCUCAUUCCAUUUCUGUAUUCCCAGCUUGUAGUUGCUAGGCUGGCUUGUUCAUGUAGGCCCUAGCUAGGAUGGAAUUCAGUAUUUUGAAUGAAAGAAAGGUAGGUUAGCUAGAGGAAAAAUAUACAGUCCCUGACCAAAGAAUGAACCACGCAGAACGAACACUAAACACACGAGGAGACACACAAGCACAAUGUGGGACUUCCUCCAUCUUCAUGUGUAAACUGUGCAACCUGUUCUCUCCACACCGAGCACAGCUCCUCUCCCAUGUGUCUGAGAAGCACCACACAGAGGGGCUCAACGCUGAUGACAUCAUUGUGGCCCUCAUGCCAUUGACAGCUCCACUGGAGAAUGGUGGAGGUGAGCACCUCCUCAAAGCAACCAGGGAUACUAAUGGUGGAGGUGGAGAUAGCCCUGUUAAGAGAAAACGAGGACGUCCUAAGGGCUCAACCAAGAAGAUUGUAGCUGAUGGGCCCAUGACAGAGACUACUAGCCCCAACCAGAAAAAGCAGAAACAACAGACAGUAGAGGCCCAAUCAGAAGCUGGGCCAGUGGACGAGGAAGAACCAGAGGACAACAAUGCCCUGGACUGCAAGAAGUGCAACCGUGUGUUCGGCAACAGACGACAGAUCAUGAAACACAUCUGCUUGAUGGACCUCAGAGAGGAUGAGGAUCAGGAGGAGGACAACGACAAAGAGUUUGAGGCUCAACCUGGCGCAGCAGAAGGCAAAGAGGAGGAUCGGGAGAGAAGCUCAAAGAGGCCACGGCCACUCCGCUCUGAGAGGGUUUCUCUUGUGAAGGAGCAGGAACCAGCAGGAGGCCCCAAGAACCCCAUCAUCAGUGUGGUUCUGACCGCUCAUGAGGCACUUCCUGGUGCGACAAGGAUAGUGCCGAUCGAGGCCACCCCGGCAGAGCCAGUUACUCCAGCAGACACAGACCCUCAGGAGGCAGGACAGAAGAGAGGAUUUCAGGAAUAUUCCAUACAACAAGCUGCUUAUGAAGUACCAUUAAAGUCAAACAGAAUAGGACAGACCCAGUUGAAGAUCUUCACCUGCGAAUACUGCAACAAGGUCUUCAAGUUCCGCCACUCGUUGCAGGCCCAUCUGCGAACCCACACCAACGAGAAACCCUUCAAGUGCCCACACUGUGACUACGCCAGUGCCAUCAAAGCCAACCUCAGCGUCCACUUGCGCAAGCACACGGGAGAGAAGUUCAGCUGUGAACACUGCUCCUUCCAGUGCCUCAGCAAGGGCCACCUCAAGGUGCACGUGGAGAGAGUUCACCACAAGAUCAAGCAGCACUGUCUCUUCUGCAAAAAGAAGUACUCUGAUGUCAAGAACCUGCUGAAACACAUGAGGGAGAGCCACGACCUUGAGGACAAGAAGGUGAAGGACUCGUACCAUGAGUAUAGUCUACAGACCAGGGAAGGCAAGAGGCAGCUCCUCUACGACUGCCAGAUCUGCGACCGCAAGUUCAAGAACGAGCUGGACCGUGACCGCCACAUGAUGGUUCACGGUAGCGAGAGGCCGUUCGGCUGCGAGCUGUGUGACCACGGCUGCACCAAGUUUCAGGCUCUCCAGGCUCACGUCCGUAAGCAUCCCUUCCUCUACGUGUGUGCCGCCUGCCAGCAGAAGUUUGUCAGCUCCGUGCGGCUGAAGACCCACCUGAAGGAGGCUCACCCAGAGUCAGAGGAGGCGGUUGGGUUCUCAGAGUCCAUCAACAGCAGCUUCUGUCUGCUGGAGCCGGGGGACGACAUCAAGAGAGAGAUGCUGAGACAGGAUGAGAUCAGGAUGGCUGAGGAGCUAUCUCUACUCAACGCCCAGCAGGAGGAGGAGGAGGCCUUCACUGGUGACCCUUCAGAGGAACAGGAGGAGGCCCUCGCUGGUGACCCUUCAGAGGAACAGGAGGAGGCCCUCGCUGGUGACCCCUCAGAGGAACAGGAGGAGGCCCUCACUGGUGACCCCUCAGAGGAACAGGAGGAGGCCCUCACUGGUGACCCUUCAGAGGAACAGGAGGAGGCCCUCGCUGGUGACCCCUCAGAGGAACAGGAGGAGGCCCUCGCUGGUGACCCCUCAGAGGAACAGGAGGAGGCCCUCGCUGGUGACCCCUCAGAGGAGCAGGGGGAGGGAGAGGAACAGGUGGUCCCUGAUCCGGGGCCUGAGGAGACAUGCGUGUUAAAUCAACCUGCACAAGAGACUGAGACUCUACAAGACAGAACUGAGCCAAUCAGUCCUGAACAAACCCAGACAGCAAGCAAAGGCACGACCCAGGAAGUAAUCAGUGAGGAGAGACCUGAUAAGACACUGAUGGAGGAAGACAAGCCUCAUGGGGAGAAUAACGUCAUUGUGGCUGAACAAGACACUUUGGUAGAAAGGCCUUCAGGCAAGGAGGAGUCAGUGGUGGGCCACCAGCAGCAUCCAGAAGAAGACAAAGGUUCUUCAUCAACAUCACAAGGUCAUGUUGAGGAGACUCUCCGGUCUUUGGUUCUGAUUCAGGGGGAGGUCAUAGGUCAAACAAACGCUUCAGCUGCCCCACAAGGAGAAGAUGGCACGACGGAGGAGAGGAGCGCUUUCCAACAGAUUCUAGAUAAGUUGCAGAAAAGGCAGCUGAACAUGGUUGUCUUUGACAGAAUCCGAAAAGUAUACGGGGACCUGGAAUGUGAAUACUGUGGAAAGCUCUUCUGGUACCAAGUGCACUACAACAUGCAUGUGCGUACUCACACAAAAGAGCAUCUACAUUACUGUACCCAGUGCAGCUAUUCGUCCAUCACCAAGAACUGUCUGAAGCGACACCUGAUCCAGAGACACAGUAACAUCCUGCUCCAGUGCCCCAUGGAACACUGUCAGUACUGCACACCUGACAAGUACAAGCUGCAGGCCCACCUCAAAACACACUUUGACAAUGAGAAGAAAAGCUUUGCUUGCCCUGUGUGUGAGGAAACGUUCACUGAAGAUAAACUUAAGCAUCAUAUCAAGAGCUUUCAUCCAGAGACGCCGAUGAACACCAUCUCCGAGGCGCUUGGGGUGAGGGUGCAGAUGAAGGGCUUGAUCGGGAAGAGAGCGUCUAAGUGUCCUUACUGUGACAGCUACUUCAUGAGGAACGGAGCUGAUCUGCAGCAGCACAUCUGGGCUCACCAAGGAGUGAAGCCCUUCAAGUGUUCCCUGUGUGACUACGCCAGCCGCAGUAAGAGCAACCUGAAGGCCCACAUGAGCAGACACACCACGGAGAAGACACACCUGUGUGACAUGUGUGGCAAGAAGUUCAAGUCCAAGGUCACUCUGAAGAGCCACAAGCUGAUGCACACAGAGGACGGCAGGCAGUUCCAGUGUACAGAGUGUGAUUACAGCGCUGCACAGAAACCUCUACUGGUACGACACAUGGAGCAGCACGCCUCUUUCAAGGAGUACUGUAACGGCCACUGUCACUACUCCUGUAACAUAGCAGGACCCCUGAAGAGACAUUACAGCAAGAAGCACCCCAACCAGGAGUACUGUAACGCAGGGCCUGGGCCAGCCACCUCUGAGGCUGUGGAGCAGCAAGGUGGAGUGAAGUGUCCUGUGUGUGACUAUGUGUACGGUACCAAGUGGGAGAUGAACAGACACCUGAAGAACAAGCAUGGCCUCAAAGUGAUUCAGAGUGACGUGCUUGGUCUCAACCAAUGGGAGGUGGUGGAGCAGUCGGUGGAGGAGCCCCUUACCCAGUACCUCCACAUCACUGAGACAGAGGACCCUCAGGGGACCGAAGCUGCCGUGUCGGCCCUCCAGGAUCUCAGGUUCACAGAGAACGGGGUGGUGGCGACCACCACAGAAGGGCUGGAUCCCACAGCGGUUAACAUCCUGCAGCAGAUCAUUGAGCUGGGGGCAGAGUCUAAUGAUGCCACAGCAGCCUCCAUGGUGGCCAUGGUCCCUGGCAGAGUGACCAUGGUGGAGCAGGUGGCUGAGGAGGAGGAGCAGGGGAGCCACACUGUGAUGAUCCAGGACCCCUUCCAGCAGGCAGCCUCCAUGGGGCUGGGUGAGGAGCAGGGGAACCACACUGUGAUGAUCCAGGACCCCUUCCAGCAGGCAGCCUCCAUGGGGCUGGGUGAGGAGCACCAUCUGGUGGUGUCGUCUGAUGAUGUGGAGGGCAUGGAGACGGUCACCGUGUACACUCAGGGAGAGGACGCCUCCCAGUUCAUCGUCUAUGUCCAAGAGGCUGUGCAGACCGAGGAGCAUACUGUGGAAUCUAUCUGAGCAGGACAGAGCGUUGGUGCAGGCAUGGAGGAGCAGUCAACAGUUUCAUCCCGGGUCAUUCAGUAGGUGGAAGACAUUUUUAACACGGGGAGAUAUUACCUGAACUUGUCCAAUUAGAACACAGAUGUAUUGUUCCGUUGCUAGACAUUUUUCUACAGUGUGUCCUAUUGAACUCCACCCUGGUUUGCUCUAUGAAACCCACAAUCAAUCUCCAAUGGCUUUGAUUGGAAUAACAUAGUGGCUUGAAAUGUAUCAUUUCAUCGCUUAUGCCUUUUCUCCUUGAUUAGCAUAUCCUUACAUUAAUUCAACUUAAUAUAUCAAAAGGCUUUUCUUAGAAAACAAGAUUUUGGAAUGUACUUUUUAUACAAGUGUAUAAUUAAAAUAUUCAUGGCGGGAUUCAAUCUGUAACGCUGUGGACAAUGAGCCUUUGUUACCGCGUUCACAGAGAUCACAUUCAAGGCAAACGCCAUAAAUCGGAAAUGACCUUUUAAAAUAUCAAGAGCAUUUUCAGAUUGCAUCUCGGCCUUUUACUUAACUUACAACAUAGUUGCAGUUUUUGCAUGAUGUGCCUUCAAUGUUUACAACGGAUCAUUUACAGGACUGGAUUCUUUACAGUACUGGAUUCUUUACAGGACUGGAUUCUUUACAGGACUAGAUUCUUUACAGGACUGGAUUCUUUACAGGACUGGAUUCUUUACAGGACUGGAUUCUUUACAGGACUAGAUUCUUUACAGGACUAGAUUCUUUACAGGACUGGAUUCUUUACAGGACUAGAUUCUUUACAGGACUAGAUUCUUUACAGGACUAGAUUCUUUACAGGACUAGAUUCUUUAUAGGACUAGAUUCUUUAUAGGACUAGAUUCUUUAUAGGACUAGAUUCUUUAUAGGACUAGAUUCUUUAUAGGACUAGAUUCUUUACAGGACUAGAUUCUUUACAGGACUGGAUUCUUUACAGGACUGGAUUCUUUACAGGACUAGAUUCUUUACAGGACUAGAUUCUUUAUAGGACUAGAUUGGUGAUCAUGUUUUUCUAUAUACACCCCCCCCAAUCCUGUUGACUAAUAUUUCUACACCUAUUGGAAUGGUAGUCAAUGAACAAUUAAACUUAUAAUGACAAACUCAA